UAUUUAGGGUUUAGGUCUCUUUACUUGUCUCAAUUCUCAAAACCCUAGCUUCCUGCAGCUUUUGUAGGUGUUUGCAGUUCGAUUUUCUUAUUCUUCGUAUGCAUAGUACUUCAUCAAUAUUUUUCACACGAGUUCUCUAAUUGCAUUACUGUUGGUAAUAUCUUGUAAAUCAUGGAGGGUUCUACUGAUAACAACUUUGGCUACGAUGAAAGAGUAAAGAAAGAGGCGCCUCAGUUAGCGGCGUUGUUGAAAGAAAUGAAAGAAGGAUUAGAUGCAGUGGGUAGUAAAGUGCAAGCUUUAAUAACCAAGGUGAAAGAGAAUAAUUAUCCAACAGCAGAUGGACUUAGCUAUCUUGAAGCUAAACAUUUGCUGCUUCUAAACUAUUGCCAGUCCAUUGUUUACUAUUUGCUGCGGAAGGCCAAAGGUUUAUCGGUUGAGGGACAUCCUGUUGUUCGGAGCCUUGUAGAAAUUAGAUUAUUUUUAGAAAAGAUACGCCCGAUUGACAAGAAACUUCAGUACCAAAUUCAGAAGCUUACAAGUGCCAGAAUUUCUGGGAGUGCAUUAGGGCAACUUAAUUUAAGGGAAAAGGAAUCUGAUGAGCCGCAGAAGACUGAAGAUCUAUUAAGAUAUCGUCCUAACCCAGACAUGCUUGUUAGCAAAAUGGAUAUGGAAGAUGAGGACGGUGACAGCUUGUAUAAACCCCCAAAAUUUGCCCCCACUUCUAUGGAUGAAGAUAAGAUGUCAAGAAAGGAAAGAAAUGCUUUGCGAAAGGAGAAAGAGACACUACGACAAGCUAGGCAGAGCACUUAUAUGAAGGAAUUGAUGGAUAAUUUGGAGGGGAGACCUGAAGAGGUUAGAGAAACUGUUGGAACUGAGAGUCGAGAACUUACUAGAUACAAGGAAAGGAUGGAAGAGCGUGCACGGCUAGAAGAGGAGCUUUUCACUCGUGCUCCUCUUACAAAGAUGGAGAAAAAGAAGAUGAAACACUUGAAGAAGUCGAGAAAUGGGUUGCUAGGUCUGACUGACAGUUUCUUUGAUGAAAUCAAAACUUUACCCAUAGAGGAUAAUGGUGAGCAACCAACAAGCAUGAAUAAUGGUGGAAGUGGAAUGGGAAAAUUAAAGAAGAGGAAGAGAAAUUGAAGAUCUGAAAGACGAGAAAAUCAAAUCAUUGGAUGUGUAGAUCAAACAGAUUUAAAGCUGUAGAAAAUCAAAUCAUGGUUUGAAUUGUCUAACGGGGAAGUAUUUUGAGAGUGUGAUGCAAUUUUGUAGACUUAGUGAUACGUUGUUUUUACUUGGGUUACUUGAAUGAAGACCUUCAUUUUGCAAUCAAAUUCAAAUGUUUAAUUUCUCUCUGAAUAUUGCGGGUUGGAAAUAUAGAUGUUUUAUGUUAUAUAUAAUUGAGGUGAUGUUAUUUGGACAUGUUCGUCAUAGAUUACCAAGGUAUUACUUUUUUUAACUUUCAGUUGUUACAAUAUAAUACCUGAUUUUGGUGCAAUUGUUAACACCAUUACGUAAGGCUUAUGUGCUCAAUAUCGA